CAAAAAGGUCAACUCAAGACGGAUUUAUAUUUGACACUUGACAACUCCGACAAGUAAGGUUUCGAGACGAUAUUUGUAAUGUAUAAUAAUAAGUGUUUACUGUUGCUUUGAGAAGAUACAUACAUUAGUUCAACGUGAUGACAUGACUACUAAGGUCAGUCUAUUGAGUGAACCAUGCUCCCAUCAUAAGAUUACGCUAAAAAGUGUUGUGUUGAAGAGAAAGUGUCGUGAAAUCAGACAGUCGCCUUCAAUGAUGUGGAAGAGGUCGAUUGUGCAAGCGACGACUGGGUGUGUGACUGGGUGGGCGCGUGCCCCCGCGGCCCUGGCGCUGCUGCUCGUCGUGUUCGUGUGCUUGACGAGCGGGUGCGCGGGUGCAGACUUGGUGAUCGAGAUCCCCGGCUCGGGCGCGGGCGAGGCGGAGGAGCUGGGCGGCGGCGGCGGCCACUACCGGCUGGACUACCGGCCGCCGCACGGCUCGCCCGCGCCCAACUUCACGGUGCCGGCACGCGCCUCCACCAUCAACUUCGUGGGCCUGCCGGGCACCAAGUAUCACUUCAUGCUCUACUACUCCAACGCCAGCUUCGCCGACCUCUUGACAUGGAACCAGACCAUUAUCACCGCGCCGGAGCCGCCGACGAACCUAACGGUGACGCUCGGCCGCAACAAGCAAGCCACCAUAUCCUGGUCGCCGCCUACUCAUGGCGAUUACACAGGAUUCAGAUUUAAGGUGAUCCCGCUGACGGAGCGCGCGGAGGGCGGCGCGCGCAACAUCACGGUGGAGGGCGCGGGCAACUGGACGUACCAGCUGCGCGAGCUGUCGCCCGGCGCCACCUACCAGCUGCACGCCUUCACGCUGCUGCACGACAAGGAGAGCGCCGCAUACGCCUCGCGCAACUUCACCACCAAGCCCAACACGCCCGGCAAGUUCAUCGUGUGGUUCCGCAACGAGACCACGCUGCUGGUGCUGUGGCAGCCGCCCUACCCGCCCGGCGCCUACACGCACUACAAGGUGUCGAUCGUGCCGCCGGACGCGCGCGACGCGGAGCUGUACGUGGAGAAGGAGGGCGAGCCGCCGGGGCCGGCGCAGGCCGCCUUCAAGGGGCUGGUGCCGGGCCGCGCCUACAACAUCUCCGUGCAGACCGUGUCCGAGCCGGAGAUCUCGGCGCCCACCACCGCGCAGUACCGCACCGUGCCGCUGCGCCCGCGCAACGUCACCGCGCCGCGCGCCGACCUGCGCGAGACUUCCUUCCGGGUCACCUGGCUGCCGCCGCUUGAUGAGAGCGAGUUCGAGAAGUACCAGGUGUCGGUGAGCGGCGCGGGCGGCGGCGGCGCGGCGCGGCGGCUGGCGCCCGUGCUGCGCGCGCGCAACGACACGCCCAGCUGCGCCUUCGACGGGCUCGAGCCCGGUGCGCCCUACACCGUCACCGUCAAGACCAUGUCCGGCAAGGUGACCUCGUGGCCCGCCACCGCCGACCUCACGCUCAAGCCGCUGCCGGUGCGCGAGCUGUCGUGGCGCUACGCGGACGGCGCCGACAACGGCGUCGUGGUGUGGUGGUCGCCCGCCGACGGCAGCACGCAGGACGAGUACAAGGUGUCGUACCACGAGGCGGGUCCGUCGCGCGACGACAGCAACACGCUCAUGACGUCAGACGUGAGCGUGCCGCUGAAGACGCUGCUGCCGGGGCGCAACUACACGGUGACGGUGAGCGCCGUGUCGCGCGGCGUGGAGUCCAACGAGAGCGUGUUCUCCGUGCCCACGCGGCCGCUGGCGCCCGUGCUGCUGUCCGCGCUGGCGGGCGAGCGCGCGCUGCGCCUGGCCUGGCGCUCCGACGUCAACUCGCGCCAGGACGCCUACGAGCUGCGCUACCGCCGCCGCGGCGAGCCCGACGACGCCUACCGCACGCUCAAGACGACGGACACGAGUGCCACGCUCGAGGACCUGUUCCCGGGCGCCGUGUACGAGAUCCAAGUGGCCGCUGUCAGCUAUGGAUUACGCAGUGAACGGCACACCCUGCUCAAACCUGUCCGCCCGCUGGCGCCGCGCUGGCUGAAGGUGGAGCACGCCACGUCCAACAGCGUGGGCGUGUCGUGGGCGGGCCCCGCGCGCUCGGCCAGCGCGCUGGGCGGGUUCGCCGUGCGCUACCGCACGCGCGCCGAGCCGCGCUGGGCGGCGCUGGAGCUGCUGCCGCCCGGCGCCGCGGCCGCCGACAUCACCAACAUGACGCACGGCGAGCACUACAUCAUCCGCCUGGACGCCGUCAGCGAGGACGCGGACGGCGAGACCGUGGAGAGCGAGCCGCCCGUCACCACCGAGCACACCGUCCGGCCCAACCCGGUGACGAACGUGGAGCAGCUGGUGGACACGCGCAACCUGACGCUGGAGUGGCCGCGGCCGGGCGGGCGCGUGGAGUGGUACGCGCUGCGCUGGUGGCCGCUGGAGGCGGGCGGCGCGGCCGGCGCGCGCAACCUGUCCGCGCCCGCCGGGCCCGCGCGCGCCGCGCUGCCCGGCCUCGAGCCCGGCCGCGGCUACACGCUCACCAUCGCCGCGCACUCCUACAACCUCACCUCCGACACCUUCACCAUGGACGUGCGCACGCGCCCGCUCAUCCAGUCCGAGAUGACCAUCGUCAACGAGCCCGGCGGCGACGACAACGACACCCUGUCCACCAUCCUCAAAGUGAUCUACACGCGCACACCGGAGUCGGCGACCCGCUUCGACUCGUACCGGUUCCGGCUGGAGGGCGAGGGCGAGGGCGAGGCCGGGCGCACGCUGACGCGCGCGGCCGACGCGCCCGGCCAGCAGGUGGUGUUCACCGACCUCGUGCCCGGCCGCCUGUACAACGUCACCAUGUGGACCGUCUCGCACAACGUCACCUCGCACCCCGUGCAGCGACAGGCGCGCCUCUACCCGCGCCCCAUCACGCAGCUCAACGCCACAGACAUCGGCGCGCGCGAGAUCAGCCUGGCGUGGGACCUGCCGGCCGGCGACUACACGGACUUCGAGGUGCAGUACCUGACGGGCGCGGACCAGCUGCAGACGCACACGACGGAGGCGCCGGGCAUGCGCGUGCGCGGGCUGCGGCCGCACACGCUGUACACGUUCACGGUGGUGGUGCGCGCCGGGCGCGUGGCCUCGCUGCGCACCGUGUCGCGCGCGCACUCGGCCGCCGUGGGCACGCGCGAGGCGCCGCCGCCCGCGCCGCGCGACCUGCGCGCGCUGGACGCGGCGCCGGCGCGCGUCACGCUGGGCUGGACGCUGGCGCCCGCCGACGCCAACGGCGUGCUGCGCCGCUUCGUGCUGGAGUACGCGCCGCAGAGCGAGCCCGAGCGCAGCACGCUGCUGGAGUUCGGGCCCGAGGCGCGCGCGGGCGGCGUGGCGGGGCUGGUGCCGGGCGCGGCCUACGUGUUCCGCCUGCGCGCCGAGACGGGCGCGGGCGCGGGCCCGGCGGCGCGCCUGCUGCGCACGCAGGCCAUCGGCGCGCCGCCGCGCCCGCCGCCGCACGCCACGCCGCACGAGGUGCGCCGCUCGUCCUCCACCGUGGCCGUGCGCUUCCGCGCCGACUACUUCUCGCCCGCCAACGGCAACGUGACGGCCUACACGCUGGUGCUGGCGGAGGAGCCGCGCAACGACACGCCGGCGCGGCUGCCCAGCUGGCGCGACGUGCACGCGCUGGACGCGUGGCCGCCCUACCAGGUCACGGAGCCCUACUACCCGUUCCACGCGUCGCCCGUGGAGGAGUUCACCAUCGGCUCGGAGCGCUGCGACGCGGGCGGCCGCGCCUACUGCAACGGCCCGCUCAAGCCGGGCACGCGCUACUACGUCAAGCUGCGCGCCUUCACCGCGCCCGACAAGUUCACCGACACCGGCUACACGCUCGUCUACACCGAGGUGGACAACACGGCGUGGAUCAUCGGCGCGUGCGUGGGCUGCGCGGCGCUGGCGGGCGGCGCGUGCGCGCUGGCGGCGCUGCGCCGGCGUCGCGCCCGCGCCGCGCCCGCCGCCCCCCCGCCGCCGCAGCUGCGCACCCAGCGCCCCGUGCGCGUCGCCGACUUCAUCGACCACUACCGCCUCAUGGCCGCCGACUCCGACUUCCGCUUCAGUGAGGAGUUCGAGGAGCUGAAGCACGUGGGGCGCGAGCAGCCCUGCACCGCGGCCGACCUGCCCGUCAACCGGCCCAAGAACCGCUUCACCAACAUCCUGCCGUACGACCAUUCGCGCUACAAGCUGCAGCCCGUCGACGACGAAGAGGGCUCCGACUACAUCAACGCCAACUACGUGCCGGGCCACAACUCCCCGCGAGAGUUCAUCGUGACGCAGGGCCCGCUGCACUGCACGCGCGACGACUUCUGGCGCAUGUGCUGGGAGUCGGGCUCGCGCGCCAUCGUCAUGCUGACGCGCUGCGUGGAGAAGGGCCGCGAGAAAUGCGACCGCUACUGGCCGUACGACACGCGGCCCGUGUACUACGGGGACAUCGCCGUGACGGCGCUGAACGAGUCGCGCUACCCCGACUGGACCGUGACGGAGCUCAUGCUGUGUCGCGGCGCGGAGCAGCGCGUGCUCAAGCACUUCCACUUCACGACGUGGCCGGACUUCGGCGUGCCCGACCCGCCCACCACGCUGGCCCGCUUCGUGCGCGCCUUCCGCGAGCGCUGCCCGCCCGACGCGCGGCCCGUGGUCGUGCACUGCAGCGCGGGCGUGGGCCGCUCGGGCACCUUCAUCACGCUGGACACGGCGCUGCAGCAGCUGGCCGCGCACGCCGACUCGCUGGACAUCUUCGGCAUGGUGUACGCCAUGCGGCGCGAGCGCGUGUGGAUGGUGCAGACGGAGCAGCAGUACAUCUGCAUCCACCAGUGCCUGGUGGCCGUGCUCGAGGGCCAGGACCUGCAGGCGCCGCCGCACAACAACCACAACCACCACCUCAACGCCGCCUUCGAAGACGACGAGGGCAUCGCCGAGUCGGGCAUGUGAGGCCCCCCCCCGCGCCCGACCCGCGCCCGCCCCGCGCCAGCGCCGCUGCCCGCUAUGUACUUAAUGUAUCUGUUCUCU